GAUCCCCUUACACCUCAUCCCUCCUCCUCCCAAUUCUGGCAUUUCGCCAGCGCCGCCAGACCAGCCCUUCCCUGCGCCCACACGAGAGGAGCCGGGAAGAGCGAAGCCCCAGGCCGGCCUCCCUGGCUGGUGGCCACGCGAACUGGCCCCCAGCGCCCGGGUCCCGCCGGGCGCGCGCGCAUCUCGAGCCGGCUAGGAAGGCCCACAAAGCUAAAGCCCGGGCCCGGCGCCCAGGCCCGGAGAGCACCGAGCGGGGCGGGGCGGGGCGGGCCAAGCGGGCCGGGGGUGUCGGAUGUCACCCCCCGCGUACACCUCGGCCGGGAGGCGGGGAAGCGAACCACUGAGAUGAGGAGACCUCCUCGGUCCUAGAGCGGUGCAGGAAGUGUCCCAGGGGAGGGAGCCGGAGGGCUCCGGCCUUUCCUUUCCGCGGCGGCCCGGCCUGCGCGGCCCGCCAACCGGGACGCUGCGCAGCGGCGUCUCCCUUCGCUCCCAAGCUCAGCUGAUGCAUUCUAGAGGAUCCCGAGACUGGGUUGGCCUGGCCAGAGACAGAGUCUGGCCCAUGCAUUGGAGCCGCCUCGGCCAAGACACCAGAAAGACAGAGCUGGAAGUUCAAUUUGUGAAGACCUCAAGAACAGAAAAAGUGACUUUGGCUCCAAAACUUCAAGAUUGUAGCCGGCUGGGGCUAGAUCCUCCAGGAGGACCUGUCCAUCAAAGGGUCGUCUUCUGCUGCUGACCCCCAUCAAAUCCCAUCAUGCCCACAGCCCUGUGCCCACGAGUCUUGGCUCCAAAGGAAAGCGAGGAGCCCAGGAAGAUGCGGAGUCCUCCUGGAGAGAACCCCAGCCCUCAGGGUGAGCCUCCCAGCCCAGAGUCCUCUCGACGCCUCUUCCGCCGGUUCCGCUACCAGGAGGCCGCAGGCCCUCGGGAGGCCCUGCAACGCCUCUGGGAGCUGUGCCGGGGCUGGCUGAGGCUCGAAAGGCACACGAAGGAGCAGAUCCUGGAGCUACUGGUGCUGGAGCAGUUCUUGGCUAUCCUGCCGUGGGAGAUCCAGAGCUGGGUGCGUGCCCAGGAGCCUGAGAGCGGAGAGCAGGCUGUGGCUGCAGUAGAGGCUCUGGAACGGGAGCCAGGGAGACCCUGGCAGUGGCUCAAGCACUGUGAAGACCCAGUGGUGAUUGACGAUGGUGAUGGGCCUGCGCCUCAGGAUCUGGAACAAGAACGAAUGUCAGCAGAGUCCCAGAGCAACCUUGAUGCCCUGCCUGGGGCUCUAGCACAAGGCCCUGGGCUCCUAAGCAGAUCGCCUGGCCAGCCUAGUGAAGACCUAGUUCCGCAAGAUGCUUUCCUUGUUCAGGAGCAGAGUGUCAGGGAUGCCCAGCCAGUGACCACCUGCCAGCUUCCCCCGAACCGAGUGUCCCCAUUUAAGGACAUGAUUUUAUGCUUCUCAGAAGAGGACUGGUCUCUUUUGGACCCAGCACAGACUGGUUUCUAUGGAGAAUUCAUCAUUGGGGAAGACUAUACAAUCUCCAUGCCUCCAAAUGAGCCUCCAGUACAGCCGGGACACUCACAUGAAGAGGAGAAUGGGUUGCGGAUCACAGAGUGGACAGACCUCCAGGAUAAAGAAGCACCCCAGGCCUCCUGCUUAGACCUUCCCAGCCUCCAGCCAUUCCAAGAAGAAAGAAGGAAAUGGGAGGAGGUACAGGUGCCAGAGCUCCAGUCCUGCCAGCAGGCGGUGCUCACCCAAAGUUCUUGUCCAGCAGGAGGUGACCCACCAUCCCUCAAGAGCAGCCUGGACCAGGAGGUGACCAUCGAGAUCGUUCUGUCCAGCUCUGGGGACGAGGACUCCCAGCACAGCCCGUACUGCACAGAGGAGCUGAAGAGCCCUCCUGACCUCCACAGUGUCCCUGCCCGCCAGAGCAGCACUAGUGCUGGGGGCGAGGUGCAGACCUCACAAAAAUCUUACGUGUGCCCAAACUGUGGGAAGAUCUUCCGCUGGAGGGUCAACUUCAUCCGGCACCUGCGCAGCCGCAGGGAGCAAAAGCCACACAAGUGCUCAGUAUGUGGGGAGUUAUUCAGUGACAGCGAGGACCUAGAUGGACACCUAGAGACCCACGAGGCCCAGAAACCCUACAGGUGCACUGUCUGCGGAAAGAGCUUCCGCCUCAACUCUCACCUACUCUCGCACCGACGGAUCCACUUGCAGCCAGACAAACAGCGACCCGUGAAGAAGAGUGAGGAGGAUGCGUUGGAAAUGGAGGGCCCGGGUGCCGGGGACCUGCCGGAGAACACGACCAAGCUGAGCUUCCAGUGUGGGCACUGUGAGAAGAGCUUCCUGCGACACGACAAUCUGGCAAAACACCGUAGACACUGUCAUCUAAAGGACGGGACCCGUCCUUUUCAGUGUCGGUAUUGUGUCAAAACUUUCCGACAGAAUUAUGACCUCCUCCGCCAUGAGCGCCUGCACAUGAAGCGUCGCUCCAAGCAGGCUCUGAACUCAUACUGAGCAGGGUGUGGCCCCACAAGCUAGCCCCUGCCCCCGCACAGAACCCUCACCACCUGCCCUUUGCUCUCAGGUAGUGUCCAACUUCUGGUGCCAUGCCUCUUCCUCCCCAGAUAAAAAGCAGUCCCCUGAGCAUUCCUUCCUUCUGUGCCAAAACCCAGGGAGGUGAGGCAACUCCAGCCUCAAGAUCUGCAUCACAGAGAUCUCCAGCCACUUGCUCCGACCCUCAGAAGGACUGGGCUGCCCCAUCCCAGUAGCUUCUAGGGUUGGGGUGUCUACAGUAGGAGCUGGCCGAAGCACUGACCUCUCCUCCGAAGUCAGCCUGGGGUGAUGAGCCAGGGGAACAUCCCACAGAUCCACUGACCAUCAGGAGAUCACAUUUUGAAAGUUCAUGCAUUCCCCACAUGUCUUAUUUGUGCCCUAAGACCCUUCAGAAAUGUGUGAUGGAAACUGUCACCACUCACAUUCCUCCCCAUUCUGUCUAGGAGUUGAGAGCCUAGCCCCUCUUCUGCUGGGUAAGCCAAGCCCUGGAACAAAAGCUUCUGUGAAGUCUGGUCCUUCAUGGGUAGUGACUCCAAGGCAUUUGUUUAGCUUCCUAGCGCUGUUGCCACUAGUACUAAACAUAGGAUCUUCUAACAGCAUGGGGCAUUGUCACAGUUACAGAAUUUGCAAGGCUAGUUCUGGUGUCAGUUGGCUGGUUCUUUCUGAGGCUAGAAGAGGGAAUCAUCCUGGGUCUGAUGGUCACUGACACUUGUCUGUACCCCAGGGCUUAUACAAACAUCUCUCCAUUUUUGCCUUCAUCUCCACUGUGUCGGUCUCCAAACUUACCUUUUAUACAAGGAUCCCAGUCUUGGGGUUGGGGCUCACCCUGACUAAUGUAGCAUAGCCCCACCUUCAUGUGGAGUGGCCAUUUCCAAAUACAGUCACAUCCUGAGGUACUAGGAGUAAGAACCUCAACACUGGGGUUUGAGUGGACAUAGCCACAACUCCAGUUAAUUCCAUGGUGCUGUUGUUGUUCCUGCCUCAGAUGAACCAAUGCAACCUUGAGGCAGAGUGCUUGCCAUUCCUUUGAAUGUUGAGCUCAGUUGUCUGCUUUCAGAGCUGCUGUCCUCUGCCAGGGAGAAUCUUCAUCCAUGGCCUUUAAGUUCAGAGCCUGAGAUUCUGGGAGUGGUUGCAGCUAGGAAACCUCAAGCAACCAAACACGUGGUCCCACUGUCCUGGCACACUGGUGUUGGCCAGGCUCAGCGUGGCUGUGACUGGACCUGAGAGCUACAGCAGCCAGUGCGCUGUAACAGCUCUCAGCAGUCAGGAGGUCUAGGAAAAUGAAUUUAAGGCCUCUGGUGCUCUCUGUCCUGAUUUUCACAUCAAGAAGCCUCUAGUCCAGACCCAAUCAAAGACUAUAAGACUUUGUAACAGGUUUCUUUUUCUGCUCAGUGCAUUGCCCAGAAAUAGUAAAUGCAAUAAAACCAUUUGGUCACACCUUGGAGAAGAAAUAAACUGUUGAAGCUCUUAGUUUCUAAA